AUGGCGGAAGGAAUAAUUGUCGAGGUGAGGUUGCAAAAAAGUGUUAAUCAAAAUAGUCCGGACGUUCUGGAAUUUUUUGAAGAGCAUGGCAAUACACUGAGUGAUGUCCAAAAAAAGACCACUGUUGAACCUCAUAGGCCUACGCAAUAUAAAAUAUCAGCUAGUAAAGUUGUAUAUCGGAAAACAUUUUAUCACAUUGGUAAUAUUUCAAAGACUUGUGCAUUUAAUGUUGUUGACCACCUUGAAUCAAUUUAUGUUAAAGUUUUGUCUUGCUACCCUGUAUUCAAGAGGAGAGAUGACAAAAUAAAACUUGAUGAAACCCACUCUUCUUCGUUAUUCCGGUUGUGUGUAGAUGAGAAGUAUGCGGAAAUAGUUGAAAGAUCAAGUUCUUGGCCUGAUUAUGUUCAGGUUAGGAAUUGGGUUUUCAAUAACAACAGCAAAAGUGGCAGCACCAGAAAUGCCGAUGUCAAUGCCAGGACAUGUUCUGAUGUGAAACGAUGA